AUGGAUUUGACCCGCUUCAAUGAGUUUGAUGGUGCAUUUUACAACAAUGAUCCUAUAGUAGAUUUGAACGAGGAUGGGGAAAUAUAUGUUGGCAAGCUGUAUACAAAUAAGACUGAAUUGAAAAAUGUGGUUGGAAGGUUUGCAUUGAAAAUGAAUUUUGAGUUCAUGGUGAAGAAGUCUGGGACCGAUGUUUUUUAUGCAACUUGCAGGGGUUCAGAUUGGAAAUGGAGAGUGAGGGGGAGGAAGAGGGCAUGUUGUGACAUGUUUGAAGUUACUGUAUUCCACAAUGAACACACAUGUAGCCUGGAUUCUAGACAUGCUGAUAACCGUCAAGAAAGACCGUGGAAGAAUCCAGGUACUAUUACAGACAUUAUCACAGAGGAUAACAGGUUCAAGUACUGUUUCUGGUCACUGGCUGCUUGUAGGAGGGGAUUUAAGUUUUGUCGUCCUGUGAUUAGUAUCGACGGCACGUUCUUGAAGACAAGGUUUGGGGGCACAAUGCUAGUUGCUGUAGCAUACGAUGCAAAUAAUCAAUUGUUUCUGAUUGCCUUUGCAAUUGUUGACAGCGAGAAUCAUGACUCUUGGAAGUAUUUCUUGCAAAAGUUAAAGGAAGCGAUUGGGGAGGUUGAAAACUUAGUGUUUGUAUCGGAUAGGCAUCAAAGCAUUGAACAUGCUGUCGAGGUUAUUUUCCCCGAAGCAUGCCACUGUGCAUGCUACAAACAUAUUUCUAUGAAUGUCACCCACAAGUUCAAGACUGAUGUAUGUAACACGCAAAUAUGGUUGGCCGCUUACGCAUGGUCGAAGAGGGAAUGUGAUAGACAUUUGCGAGUGCUCCGACGGAUGGAUCCUCCCAUCGCCGCUUAUGUUGACAAUAUAGGAUUAGAAAAAUGGGCUCGUCCUUAUUGUCUAGGAGACAGGUUCACACUACAAAAUUGGUUUGCUAACCGUCUCGAGAAGGCAAGUAAGUGUGUUACCCCUUUGGCAACUCAUUUUGAGGAAGAUUUGAUAAAGCAACACGAGGAUGGUAGACGUAGAAGUGUCCUACGUAACGGUGCACAAUUGUUUAAUGUUGGAAGAGGUGUUGACGGUUCUGACUUUGAAAAAGGCGGAGAUCCGCAGCCGCUUACUCAGAAUGUCAGUGUGUACGCUCUGUCAUCUCCCUAUUACACAAAGGAGACGUGGAAGAAUACUUACGAUGCAACAAUUAAUGUUGUGGGCGAGGAGGAUGAAUGGGUGCUUCCAGAACACAUGCAGAACAUGAGAAUCGGUGUACCAAAGGUGGAGAAGAAACCCGUAGGUCGUCCAAGAAAGAGCAAUGCGAAGACUACGGACUAA